AUAGAAAAUAUUCCAACUGAGAGAAGGGCAAGCUUAAUGUUCCAUGUUUACAAAAUAAAAGCACAUAUGAGUAGAAAUUUCUUGUUCAAGUAUUAUGUGAAAAAAGUAAUUUCUAACACUAACAAUUGUGUUAUAUGUGUAACAAAACUCAUAACAGGAAGUAAAAGUAUGAAGAAAAAAAAACAGAGAUGGGAAAAUGUAAAUAGAGUGAGUGAGGAAAAUAACUAAAAUAAACAACUUAAACAUUGUGAAACCAAAUCUAUUACAAUAAAUAGACGUGAUUAAACAAGUUUCAAGUGUGCUUGCGCCCUUAUAUACAGUAACAUAGACAAUCGCUUGUACAUAAACAAGUGUAGUACAACAAAUGUGUCGAGUUGAUUGAGGAAUUAAUAAGGUAUCUAUUGACAAAAAAAAAAAGAAAAAAAAAAAGAAGGUAACUAAACUAUCUAGCUAGUUACAAUUCUGAUCACAAUUGCAAUUUUAGGAAAUUAAUCAUGAAAAUCUCUAUCAAAUUCAACAAUCUAGACCCACCAAAUUGACCAAACCUUUCAAGAACAGAAAACAUGAACGCGGACCCAAUAAAGCCCAAUUUCAUCGUUCUCCUUCAAGCCCCAUUGAGAAUGUAAAACUCGGCCAACCCCAAAAGCUUGAAAUUCAUUGUCACGUGGGUGUUUUACACGUGGCCUUGCCCUCCUCUUUACCUCCUCCGAGAGUUUCAAAUCAGCGAGAAAGCCAAGAAAACGAGCCAAUGAAGACAAGGAGCUCUAUUUUCUCCCGCACAGUACGCCUACAAAUUGCCGUCCAUGGACGGCCAAAAUUCCCCAUAUUCGUCUGUACUCCCUUAUCUCUCUGGCUUAUUAUUUCUUCCUUUUUCCCGUCUUCUACUUCUUCUUGCUCUCUGCUUUGCUCUGCUCUGCUCCAACCCAUCACUCAAAUCACCAGCUCAAAGAAAACCAAGACUGGUCUAGACCCAAACGCCAAUGGGCUGUGUUCAGGCCAAGCCUCUCACGAAUUCCACACCUGGGGGCUUAGAGAAGCUGAAACUGGAAAAUGGGUAUGUGGGAAAUGGCGGGGUUAAUGCUCACAGAAGAUCAACAGGCCAACCACAAAGGGACUCUCUUAAGCAGCAUAGGCAUGAACCCAUAAUUUCAAAUGCUGAGCCUGGUAGUAGAAAUGAAAAAGCCGGAGAUGAAUGGGUGGUGUUAACUGGUAGUGAUGGAGAUAAAGAUGAUGGGCAUGUUUCUCAUAAAGUUUCUGUUGAUGAGGAGGAGUUGGUGGAUGGGUGGCCUAAAUGGCUCACUGACAAUAUUUCAAGAGAGAUUUUGGCUGGCUUGGUUCCCAAGAGUGCUGACUCUUAUGACAAGCUGGACAAGGUGGGCGAAGGAACAUACAGCAAUGUGUAUAAGGCUCGAGAUAGGGACACUGGAAAAAUUGUGGCCUUAAAGAAGGUUCGGUUUGAUACAUCAGAACCCGAGAGUGUUAAGUUUAUGGCUCGGGAGAUUAUGUUUUUACGGAAAUUAGAUCACCCCAAUGUGGUUAAGCUUGAAGGAUUGGCCACGUCAAGAAUGCAGUACAGCCUCUAUCUUGUUUUUGAUUUCAUGCGGUCAGAUUUGGCAAGAAUUAUUUCCAGCCCUGAAGGGCUUACUGAACCACAGGUCAAGUGCUAUAUGCAUCAACUACUUUCAGGUCUGCAGCACUGCCAUGAGAGGGGAAUUAUACAUCGAGACAUCAAAGGAUCAAACCUAUUGAUAGAUAAACAUGGAAUGCUGAAAAUUGCAGAUUUUGGGCUCGCAAAUUAUUAUGUUCAAGAUCCUAAGCGCCCUCUCACAAACCGAGUUGUGACACUUUGGUACAGAGCUCCUGAGCUGUUGUUAGGUUCUACAGAUUAUGGAGUUGGCAUUGAUCUUUGGAGUGCUGGUUGCGUCUUGGCUGAAAUGUUUACAGGGAGACCACUUCUGCCUGGUAGAACAGAGGUUGAGCAACUUCAUAGGAUAUUCAGGCUUUGUGGUACACCAUCAGAGGAAUACUGGAAAAGACUAAAGCUGUCUACAACUUUUAGACCUCCACGUUCAUACAAACCCAGUCUUCAAGAAGCUUUCAAGGAUUUCCCUUUUUCUUCUUUGAGUCUGUUGAGCACUCUCCUUGCUUUAGAUCCUGCCUAUCGUGGCUCUGCUUCUUCGGCUCUCAGAAAUGAAUUCUUUUUCACAAGCCCCUUGGCAUGUGACCUUUCUGGUCUACCUGCAAUCUACAAUGAGGAUGAUGAACUGAAACUAGCCAAUGAGCAUAGAAAGUCUAGGAAUUCUAAAGUAAGACGGUCUCGAACACGACGUGAGCGCCGGAGACAAGAUCUAUCUGCUGAAAAAUUAAAAGAAAUUUCUGCAUCUUCAAACCAGGGUCUUCAGGAGAUGGAGAAAACUGCUGAUUCAAAUUUCGAAAGUGAAGAGCCAGGUAGCACUACCACUAGCAACUCCUCUAGUGUACAUCAUGCAGGCCGGAAAGAAAGCCCAAUAUUAUCCCCUUCCCCAGUUCAAGGCCAUCCCGAUACUACUAAGAACAUGAAGAACCUACCUCCAUUACCCAAGUCUAAAGCGCGCACCACCAAGUAUAACAAAGACGGCAACAUGUACAGUUCAAAUCAGAUUAGCAGGUCUGCAUCCAGUAGAGAAUUCAGAAAGUUAAAUCAAAGGGACCAAUUAGAAGUCUAUGCUGUUGAUAACUAGGCCACAUGAGAGAUGACCAUGUAGAGCUGAACCAUAUCUUUUUUGUUCUAUUCUUAUUUUUCUCUACUGGGUAUUGUUGACCAACAUGAAUUAUCAUGAAUUGGGUAUUUUUAUAAUGCAAUGGUGAUCCGCUCUGUGUUUGAUA